UACUUUUCUCAGUGGUUCUAGGGGAAACGCUGGGCCAGGCGACAAAGGACGGGCUCUCACCCUCUGGGCCCUAGCCCUGCUCAGCUCUCAGACUAGCAAUUCUGCGUUCACUCUGGCAGUUUUUUCAAAACCAUUCGCUCUACUGGGGUGAUCAUACCGGCCCCAAGGGCUCAUCCGCUUUGGGUCCUGCACAACGAUCCCCACGUUACUUCCUCUUGUAUCUUUAAAUGAUACUCAUCUCAACGGUCACCUCCUCCCAGCAGCCCUCCUGCCUGCCUCUCAAGUCCUGGGCAAAAGUCCCUGCCAAAUCCCUGCAACACUUCCCCAGUGGGACCACCUUGUGUAGACUGGGCUGUGCCUCGGUCCAGGCCUGGACCCUGUCACUUCCCUGGGAAUGCGUUGAGGGGGCGGAGUUCCCUGUUCCCUCCUUCUUAAGCUCCUGGCCUGAGGAGGGCCAGGCAGAGGGUAGAUAGCGACCUGAUGGCGAGGAGCACAGUGCAUCUCACCUGCGGGCCCCGCCUGCUCUUGGUGCUUGGUCUAUGCCACCUGUCCGUGCCUCAGGAGCCUCAGAAGGCCGGUGCUCCUGGGACUGCCAUUGUGCGGUUUACCUGGUCAGGCGGCUCUGCGCUUGGCUGGGGGCCGGCUCCACACCCUGCGCACGGGGGCCUGCCUCCCCCUCCUCUUCCCUCUGCAGCUACGCGGGGUUCUAUCCGCAGCUGCGCUAUCAGGUGGGGAACACCUAUGGGCGCACCACAGCACAGCUGCUCACAGACCCCAGCGUGCAGAAGAGCCCCUGCUCCGUGCUGUCCCCCAUAUCCAAGCCCAAGUUCAUCGAGGACUUCAGCAAGCCCAAGCCACCUUGGAUACCCUGCCGGGACCUGACUGAGCCCUAUGUCCCCCACUACACUGGUCUGAAGCCCUACAAGAACUUUGAGAUUCUGGGCCAGUUCCCACCCCAGGAGGGGAACGCCCAGAAGGGGCCGCAGGGCAUAGAAAGCAUAUCCAGGCAGGUCCUGCUGCCUGCGGGCUUCAUGCCCUAUGCCCCCUACCCCCCAUGCCCGCCGGGCAGGAAGGGGGGCUCCAGAGACCUCGGACACCCAGGCCUGCGGCUGGCAUAUGGAGAGGAGGCCUGGAAGACCACCACCCCCGUCCUCGGGGCCCCUGGACGGGACCAGCUGUACCACUGCAGGAGGGAUGAAUCCCCACCCCCUGCUCAGCAGCAGGAGACCCUAGACGUGGGCAGGUUCCACAGGCUGCCGCAGCUCGACCACCCCAACCUGAUCCAACGCAAAGCCAUCUCAGGUUAUGCUGGCUUUGUCCCCCGGUUUGCCUGGGUGAUGGGGGUGAACUACCGUGACGGUGUCGCACAGGCCAUGGAUGAGUUCAGCAAGAACCAGUUCCUAUUCAGAAACCCCAUCUGUGCCCUGGGGGAGCGGCUGCCCAAAACACACUGGCCUGGCAACACCAUCUACAGCAGCCAGGGCCUGAUGCCUUUCUACAUGGGCUUCAUACCAUCCAUGCAGGACAACUACGCGCUGACGUUCGGCAAUAGCACCCGCAAGGCCUAUUGGAAGGAACUGGAGAGGCGACACCAGACACUAUGAAAAUGCUUUAAUGGCGGCGUCUGGACAGCAAUGUGACGUCAAGACAGGAAGGAGAGCAAGUGCACACAGAGAACAGGUUGUGAGUGAAUAAAGCGUUCACACCGCUUCCACGCGCUUCACCAGGUAACAGCUCUAGGCCACCUCCUCCUCCGCCUCCUCCUCGAACUCGCCCUCCUCCUCGGCCGUGGCGUCCUGGUACUGCUGGUACUCAGACACCAGGUCGUUCAUGUUGCUCUCGGCCUCGGUGAACUCCAUCUCGUCCAUGCCCUCGCCCGUGUACCAGUGCAGGAAGGCCUUGCGCCGGAACAUGGCCGUGAACUGCUCCGAGAUGCGCUUGAACAGCUCCUGGAUGGCCGUGCUGUUGCCGAUGAAGGUGGCAGACAUCUUGAGCCCCCGGGGCGGGAUGUCGCACACGGCGGUCUUCACGUUGUUGGGGAUCCACUCCACGAAGUAGCUGCUGUUCUUGUUUUGGACGUUCAGCAUCUGCUCGUCCACCUCCUUCAUGGACAUGCGGCCCCUGAAUACUGCGGCCACGGUCAGGUAGCGGCCGUGGCGGGGGUCGCAGGCGGCCAUCAUGUUCUUGGCGUCGAACAUCUGCUGGGUGAGCUCAGGCACCGUCAGGGCCCGGUACUGCUGGCUGCCGCGGCUGGUGAGCGGCGCGAAGCCCGGCAUGAAGAAGUGCAAGCGGGGGAAGGGCACCAUGUUCACGGCCAGCUUGCGCAGGUCAGCAUUCAGCUGGCCGGGGAAGCGCAGGCAGGUGGUGACCCCGCUCAUGGUGGCCGACACCAGGUGGUUGAGGUCCCCGUAGGUGGGUGUGGUCAGUUUGAGGGUGCGGAAGCAGAUGUCAUACAGGGCCUCGUUAUCAAUGCAGUAGGUUUCAUCUGUGUUUUCUACAAGUUGGUGGACCGAGAGGGUGGCAUUGUAAGGCUCCACCACCGUGUCCGACACCUUGGGCGAGGGCACCACACUGAACGUGUUCAUGAUCCUGUCCGGGUACUCCUCCCGGAUCUUGCUGAUGAGGAGGGUACCCAUCCCAGACCCAGUCCCCCCACCCAGGGAGUGGGUCAGCUGGAAGCCCUGCAGGCAGUCACAGCUCUCAGCUUCCUUCCUCACAACAUCCAACACCGAGUCGACCAGCUCCGCGCCUUCCGUGUAGUGCCCCUUGGCCCAGUUGUUCCCAGCACCGCUCUGACC